CUCUCUCAGCGAAUUUCACUUCACGCCGCCCCCAAGUACUCUAAACCCCCCUCUCUCAGCGAAACCCUAAUUCCAUUAUUACUCAGCUCGAUCGAAAAAAUCGGUAGAAAAAGCUAGUAAUCCUCCUCCUAAACCCUAGUUCCAAUUCUCCGUUCCAAAACCACCUCGAAUCCUUAAUCCGCGGAGAAGAUGCAACACGACGACGUAAUAUGGCAAGUGAUCAGGCACAACCACUGCAGCUACAUGGCCAAGAUCACUACGGGGAUUUUCUGUAGAAAUCCGUAUAAUGUUACCGGAAUUUGUAAUCGGAGCUCGUGCCCUCUCGCCAAUAGCCGCUACGCGACGAUUCGCGAUCACGAAGGGGUUUUCUACUUGUAUAUGAAAACAAUUGAAAGAGCUCACACGCCAAAUAAACUGUGGGAAAGAGUAAAGCUGCCGAGAAAUUAUGAGAAAGCAUUAGAAGUUAUUGACAAGCAUCUGGAAUACUGGCCUAAGUUACUUGUGCACAAAAUCAAGCAACGCCUUACUAAAAUGACUCAAUACAGGAUACGUAUGAGGAAGCUUCAACUAAAAGUGAGGGAGAAGAUAAUGACAGUGCCUAGAAAAGAGAAAAAACGAGAGGCUAGGAGGGAAGAAAAAGCUGAGAGAGCUGCACUUAUUGAUAAUAACAUCCAAAAAGAAUUGGUGGAACGCCUUAAGAAAGGUGUUUAUCCUGGUGAAAUUGUCAACAUCCCUGAGAAGUUGUAUAAUGAAGUAGUUGAAAUGGAAGGGCUAAAGCCAAGUCCUGAAGAAGAAGAAGAAGAAGAGGAGGAAGAUCCUGAGGUAGAAUACGUUGAGGGCUAUGACGAACUUGAAGAGGAAGAGGACAUGGAAGACUUUGGAGGGUUUCCAACGGACGAACUUUUGAAGGAUGAUGAAUAUGGUAAAGAAAGCCCAUGUUAUGUUGUUGACAUGGAUGAAGAGAGUGAACUGAAUAGUGGAUCUGAUAGAAAAAUUGCAAAGAAAAGGCGGAAAGGAGCUGGAUCCGAUGCGGAGACACUUGAUGGUAGUGAGUACAGUGCAAAGCUGAAAAGAAAGGGGAAGGUUAUUAUUGAGGUUGAGGGCAACAAUGAUAUGGCGGAUAGACGAAGGGCGGAGAUGUGAUGUCACUUUUGAGUGCAUCAAAAUGGAAUGUUGUAUUUCCCUGCCUUUUCUUUGACAGUUCCUUCCCUUUAGCGGCGAGACAAUGAUGUUAACCCCCACGCCGAUGUCCAACAGUUGAGGGUCUUUUCCAUGAAGCGAAUUUGCUGCAGAAUCGAAAUUUUGCUUAUAGUUUCCCUAGGACAUUUUUUGAUCUGUUAUAUUUGCUUGUUUGGUAGAUGAUUCACUUAUAUAGUGAGAACGUUGAGAAGCAACCUGUUCAUAUGUAUAACAACUAGUAGUUGGAGCAUUUUCUUUUCUUUUUUUUUUCCUUUUGCUAUUUGUUAACAACGAUAUGCGGAGUUUGCGAUGAAUCUCAUUGUUGGAGCAGUUGCUUUUCCUCUAUUUAUCUAUUAUGUAAUGGAAGAGUCUAUUUUUGCCGAUUCAA